AUGAAUACUCGACUCAUACCAGAUGAAACUAUAUCAGCUUUACCUGGAGAAAGUGGAAGUAUUGCUGAAGCAAUUGGACCUGUUGAAGGAUUAGCACAACCAUCCUCAGGAGAACCGGUAGAUCGACGUAAUGCAAUUGCUUUAACUGCAGCUUUCAAUUUCACUGGUACAACACCAUCAGCUAAUGGCGCAACCAUGCAAGAAUACUUUGUACAAACAGUGGUUUCAUCUCCUAUUCAACAUGAAUUAUUAUUGAAUCGAUUGCAUGGUUUAUGCCGUGAAUGGACAGAUUUCUGUGAUCAAGAAACUAUAUUCGAAAUAGGAAGUGAUAAUCGAACUGAUGCAAAUAACCUCAUAGGUAUGAACAGAUCAUCUGGAAAUACAUCCGCUGCAGUUGGAAUCUUAGCUGCCAAUGCAUCAGGUAGUGCAACUGUCACUAUACGUGUUCGUCGAAGUCUUUUAAGUAGAGUAAAUAAACCUGGUCGGGAAUUUUCUGUUCUACGAUAUUUAGGAGCUGUAGAAACUGAUAAAAUAAUUUUACGACGUAGUUGUCUUGAAAUGCCUGUUACUGGACCAAUCGUCAGUUUUCUAUAUGAUUUAGGAUUUGAUUAUGAAUCUACAUUUGUUGCUGAAGGUCAAGAAUUUAUUCGUGGACGUGUAAAAGUUUUAGUUUAUACAGUUAAUGAAAUAACCAGCUUUCAAAGUAUUGCAACUUCAAACGCUAUGGGAUUUGGUUUUGAUGGACAGGGAUUAGCACCCAAAGAUUGGCGACGUUUAUGUUCUCGUAGUUGGAUGGUAGAGAUCAGUGUAGUUGGUAGUCCUGCUGAUGAUCAUUUACAAGAGGAAAUUACAGAUUUUGUCGAACUACUUCAUCCAAUUAUUAUACCAACAAAACUUGAUAGUAAUUUGUUUACUCGUAAAUGUUAA